GCAGUUGUUCAAGCUUUCAAGUACGUCGUAGGGAUCCCGUAAGAUCCCGGCUUAAGCAAUCUAAGGACAGUGAAGCCACGUACAUUGUUCCGUUUGGUCUGGGAUCUACUGCACCUUGCGGUGAUUCUCUGAGGGCCUCCUUCCUGACGAAUCUUGCCUUAGAAUUGCCGUACUAAUUCCCCAUGUCGCUACCUGACACGCCCUUGCAUCGCGCUACGACGAACCAAAUAAGCAUUCUCACGAAGUCAAGGAACGAGUCUGGUGCUCACAUCUACUACACGAGUGGACACAAAGCCGACGUAAAGCAGCUGAACUUUGAUUUCGCGGGCACUUUUAUCGAAGGCAGCAGACUGAUUAUAGCUUUCGAAUAUAAAGGCCCACUCGGAAGCGAAAAAUAUCCAAUAUUCUACGGCCUGUACAACAGGCACGAUCAAACUUACCUGAGGAUUGAUUUUUCCACUGACUACGCAUUUGAACAUAGAUACAACGGCGAGUUGGUACCAGUUACUGUAAACGCAGUGAGCUCUGCCGUACUGGGAUUCCACGUCGUGGAAUACAGGCGAACUGCAAGCUCUAUACAGGUGUACUUGGAUGGCGAGCUGUUGUUUCCCGGUGACAAGCCGCUCAGUCAGCUGCAGUGGAUGCGCGUAUUUUACACAGAGAAGCCGGGCAAGGCCCCUUUCGUCUUCUGGGAGAGCCACUGCAACAUGACAGACCCUUUAGAGGCUAUGAAGAGAAUGGGCCUGUUCACCUUCAAGCACGAAAACAUCUCGAUCGUAAUAGGCGGGUACGCUUUAUACUUGGCCGAAUGGCCAAGAAACAUCACAAUUUACUUGAACAUACUCGACAAAGAAGUGGGGAGGAUUGAUUCUGCAGGCCUUACCGCUUGCCUUCUUAAAGUAUACAGGCUGGGAUACAUCUUCACGAACGCGGAACACCAAGUAAAGGUGCCCUUGAUCACAAACUGGCCCUGGCGCAAUGCACCCGAGAUACCACUGAGUGGCCUGAACGCCUUCCCUCUGCCCAAAAAAGUGGUAGAUCUGAGAAUCGUGUGCGGCCACUUCAACGCGUAACUGCACUUGGGAAGACAGACCACUUGCGUGCCAAAAAAAAAAAUAUAUAUAUAUAUUCUCGCCCUGCUAAGUUUUGAACUCGACGUUGUUCUGGCUUAAUAUCCCUCAUUUUGAAAAGUGAUUCACUGAUGCCCUGUAUAAUAAAAAUACUCGCCUGGCUUUCUCAUGCUUAUUUCCUUUGAAAUCCUGCUCAGCGCAUCAGC